UAGUGUGGAGGGUUGACUGCUGGUGUCUUGAGAGGCCUAAUCCAGCUGGAGAAUCAGAGCUGAUUGGAGCCAAACCCAGCCAACAUCAUGUUGGGGGAAAAAAUCCAGGAGAGCUCCUGUCAGUCUCCAGCCCAUCUUAUAACAACUAUGUUACAGUGUCCUGUGAGCUAUGUGGAUCGCCUCCUGCCGGGGGAUCAACAUAGCCGAGGCUCGAGUUCAUCCACAAAUGAUUUCCUCCUUACCAUGCUUGACCACCUUACUGACUACAUCCUGGAGAUGGUAGGCAAUGAUGCCAGCACCAGCAGUAUGCAUACUGUUCCCCAAGAUGAGAGAGCAGUGGACAAUAGCAGAGAGUCCCACCAACACUUGAAGGAUGCAGCCUUCACUCUGUUUGAUGAGAUGCGCGGAACCAGGAGAAAUGGCUAAAGCCUGGGUCCUGGAGCCUGGAGCGAGUCCUCACAGCCUUAGUCUUAGACAAAGCAUCUCAUAGCUAAGGAAUCCCUGGCUGCUGUCAUCAGUAUAUAAUAAAGGAGUUAAAUC